AUGUCUGCCGCUUCUUCUUCUUCUCCUUCCUCGAGCCCAACCUCUCUCAAUGUGUCGAGCGAACCAGUCGACCAGCUCCAAGAGCUAAACCUUACCCUCCUCUCCCUGCCACCCACACCUCUCAGACCGCCUUCCCCGCCUCUGCACCACCCUCACUCAAGCCCCUCGGAGCCCAGCUUACCCAUCUGCACCAGCUCCUGGGUCGACCUCUCCAGUAUUCCCUCGUCAUCCGAACAAGGCUCUCCCUCAACCAGUCGGCCACGCCUCUCCCGCAACAACGACCAAUCGCAGCGACGACGCAAAAGAAAGCCAGUCCGCGCAGGUCUCUCCUCCCUCGCCGACCCGCCUUCUCCGUUCGGCUCGCAACUCGGUGCUCAACCUCCACUCCGUCGAUCAACACCCUACCAUCAAUCUCAUUCGCACGAUUACUUUAAUCCGAAUCCCACCGCCCGUCAACUCUCGGUUGAGAAUUUGGAGUUUCCGAGAGCUGAUCCAGAUGAGGUGUACCACACUGCGCUUUCCGCUUUGCACUCGGUGAAAAAAUUGGUUAUAGAGCUCCAAAAGAAGGCGGCGGACGUAUUGACAGCUGUGGGGAAGUACAGUGUAUCAGGCAACCAUUCAGAGCAUUCCGCAGCACGUUAUACGUCUUUGUGA